CUAAAAUUGUUGUCAAAGGAAAUGAAUCCUUGAAUUUGUGUCAAGGACAUAUAUCUUCGGUAGAAAAUGCUAGAGUCACAAACACUUCGAUCACAAAAUACACAAUCUUGCCAUUUGUGCACCUCACUAAAUGAAUGAAAUGGUGUUGAAUAAUUAAAAAGUGAAUAUUUCAAUACACAAAUGGCCACUGAAGAGGAGGCUCGAGAGGUGAAGAGAUGUCUCGAUGAUUAUGAACGUAGUUCGGGGCUGAUGAUAAGAUUCGAUGCAGGCUUACUGGGUGGGGAAAAAAAAUACUCUCACGGGCAGGGAAAGAGGUCCUCUUAAAGACUGUAGCACAGGCGAUGCCCCAGUACGCCAUGUAAGUUUUUUUACUUCCACGGUCAUUGUGUUCGGCCAUUGAACGAAUGAUGAACUCCUUCUGGUGGUGUGGCAAGGGGAUGAAUUCUACCGGUAUCAAUUGGAUGUCUUGGCAACGCUUAACUAUCCCUAAAAAAUUUGGAGGUCUGGGUUUCAAGCAGCUUCAUGGCUUCAAUGUGGCGAUGUUGGGAAAGCAAGGGUGGAGAUUUCUAAUGCAACCGAAGGCUUUGGUUUCACGUGUGUUUAAAGCAAGAUACUUCCCAAAAUCCUCCUUUCUUGAGGCGGGAAUUUUGAGAACCCCUUUCUCUGUUUCACACGAGGAUGGGUGGUUCUGGGCUGGUACUUUGCAUGGAGGCUACAGUGUUAAGGAUGGCUAUAGGAGGCAUGUUGGAGAGGUUGAAGCGGCAGCAAAUGAGGUGAACUGGACAUGUUGUUGGCAUAUCCCAGUUGCACCAAAAAUCAAGGUUUGUCUAUGGCGAGCUAUCAAAAAUAUUUUGACAACCAUCUCUAACCUUAACACUAAGGGACUUAACAUUGUGAGUGUAUGUCCUAUUUGUGGUUUGGGUGAGGAGACGGUUGAGCAUUUAUUCCUUCAUUGUCCUUAUGCGGUGACAAUUUGGGCCCGGUUGGGUUUGCGUGUUAUUCGUGAAGGGAGCACUUCGGCUCAUGCCUGGUUUCGAGAGGUGGUGCAGACAACCUCUCGGUCAGAGUUGCAGCUGUUUGCUUUGGCUAUUUGGGCGUUUUGGAAAGCCCGCAAUGCUGCAGUUUGGCGGUUUCAAGUUCCUACACCCUCGAUCACGGUAUGUCUUGUUACUGAAACUCAAAAAAGUUGGUCUAUGAGUGCUUCUAGUCGGGUGGUUGGGCUGCCUUUACCAUCUCCUAGGCCGGUAAGAUCAGGAGCUUUCAAAUUGUUUGUGGAUGCAGCUUUAUUCCUCCCUUCUUCUAUGGUUAGCUUUGGGUGUGUUCUCUUUAACCAUGAUGGCUCUUUCUUUGCUGCGUUGAAUGGAGAAUUAGUAUGUGAGACUGAUCCAGGUUUAGCAGAGGCGAUGGCAUGUAGAAGGGCUUUGGGUUGGGCGAGGGAGCAAGGACUUACGGAGUUGGAGGUGUUCUCAGAUUGCUCUAGGGUUGUGGAAGCAAUAAAUGGAGAGUCUGUUUUUUUGUCUUAUGUUGGUUCGGUUAUUAGUGAUUGUCGAGGCUUGUUAUCUGAGUUUAAUUAUGCUACUUUGUCGUUUGUCCCUCGGACAUCUAAUGUGUUAGCUCAUGUGUUGGCUAAAAGAGUUGUGAUGAAGGCUGGGGUUUGGUUUGUGACUCCGCCUGAUUUUGUACAGCCUUUUUUGGUUGAAUGAAGUGAUUUCUUUGUUUUUUUAAAAAAAGAAUAGGCCCAAAGUAUUUUUUUAGUCCUAGUUAAACAUCUUUCGUUUUUAGUUGUCUAUUUUUAUUUUCUAUGUUUUACUCUGUGUAACUACAUUAAAAUGUAAACAUUAAAUUAAAGGAAAAUUC